AUGGCGUUUUGGAAACGAAUUGCAACUUAUUUUGCAUCAAGUCCAAAGCUUGCUGGUUUGCAAAAGAUAGAGCCAAGACACUGUAAACAAAGGUGGGAGAAGAUUAGUGAGGGUGUAUGCAUGAUUAGUGAGGGUGUAUGCAUGGUUAGAGCAACGAAAGAUAAAUCUAGUGGGCAGAAUGAGAACGAUGUUAUGAAAAUGACUCAUGAAAUAUUCUUCAAUGAUUACAAGGUCAAGUUCACACUUGAGCAUGCAUGGUUAGAGCUUCGCCAUGAUCAGAAAUGGUGUGGAGCUUCUUCUACUAAAGAUAAUGUAAAGUCAAAAAUAAGAAAGUUUGAUGACCAAUCCGCACAGUCAUUAACCUUUGUGCCAUGUAGCGAUGGAGAGGAUGAAAAAAUGGCUCGGCCUGUUGGCGUUAAAGCAGAAAAGGCCAAAGGUAAACGGUAUGUGAGAAAGCCAACGACUUUGGAAGAGGAGGGGAAGCCGCUUGUGGAGUUUCAGAGCAUGUGGGAGAUAAGACAAAAAUGA